AGUGUUUGUCCACUUUCUUCUGCCAAGCACCACUCGCCACUGGGUCAUUCAGAAGCAGAGACUUCGCAACCGUUCAAGGUUCCCGAGCCGGGCUUCGAUCCCAGCUACAGGGGACAUCUGGGAAUAUGCACUUCCUCCUCGUCCUCAGCCUCUUCGCCUCCUCCAUAACUCUGGGGCGGUCUUUGUCAUGUGAGACGUGCCACGCCUUUAGGAACACCUGCACUGGAAGCUGGGAGCAUUGUCUCCCCGAGAAGGAUUCUUGCGGCAUCGUACAGAUGGAAGGCUCGGGGUUGAUGCAAGUGAAGGCCAUUGUGAAGUCAUGCAUCCGAUCGAGGGACUGCGCUGAACCCGACCAUUCUAUUAAUCUGGGCAGGGCAGGACAGAUGUUCUCCCGGACUACCUGCUGCAUGGGAAACAACUGCCAGAAGAUUCUUCCCGCUUUGCCACCCAUAAACACGACCCCCAAUGGAAAGAGAUGCCCAGCUUGCUAUGUUGUGCACAGUCAUGAGUGUGUGGAGGAGACUGCUGAAUGUGCUGGAAACGAGAACUAUUGCUUUGGGAUCGUUGGAACGAUGGAACUGGGAGGAACGUCUGCGGACAUAGUCAUGAAAGGCUGUACCAGCUCUGCUUCCUGUAACAAAACAUUGGAUGGUGAAUCAUUAGGUACAAUCAAGAUGGUAUCCAAAAGCUCUUGUGUGCCAGCACUUCAGGGGGCCGGCUCUGUUCCGACCUCAUUUGGAUUCCUCCUCCAAGCCUUCACUGGACUUAUCCUUCUGAAGGUUCUCGGCUGAUCUCUUUUCCUCGGACAGAGAUCCAGGGAAACCGCUUGAGCCAUUAGCACUUGUCUGCAGCCUGUUAUGUCCAAUAUAAACCAUGCUACAUCAAAUAUCAACUAUGCAGCCAGGGUGUCAUAGAGCUCUCCUGGUUGUUGAAGAUCCUGGAGAGGUGGGGGCUUUGUUCUAGAACAUUCUGCUCAGAAGCCGAAGGUGUUUUUGAAGUAGCAGUUUCUAAUCUUCAUCUGGAGCUUUAGUUAUAAACUGAGAUUUUACUUGGAUUAUAUUCAUGAGGAAUGCAUUUUGUCUUUUAAAGGGUGAAAUCCCUCCUUAAACGGAGAUUACUCUUUCUUAGGUCUUUUCUACACUUGGCUCUCAUCUCAGAGUUCAACUCGCAACCUUGCAUGUAUCCCUGGUUAUAACAGCAUUUGUUUAUCCCGGGA